UCAGAUCGAUUUAACUCUUUGGGAUGAUUACGCUAAGGACAUGUAUUCUUACAUGGUUAGUAAAAAUCGUGAAGCACAUGUUGUCGUUGCUGUCCAUUUUGGUGUUGUUAAGACAUACAAAGGUAAAUGGGGGAUUUCUAAUAAUUUUGAUGGUUCACGGCUUUUCAUUAACGACAAUUUUGAUGAGAUGCUAUCGUUCAAGGAAAAGUUUCUUUCAAAACUUGCUGCUUCAACCGAGUCAAGUAGCCAUGCUGGGUCAUAUAUGAUGUGUUCUGUGGAAGAUGAAUUUUUAAACAAUGAUGUUUUUUCACCAAUUGCUUAUCUUGGCUCAAUCAUAGAGCCAAAGAAAGUGGUUAUUGUUGGAACUAUCGUAGCAAUCGUUUCUGAUAAGAUGUGGUAUUAUGAUGGGUGUAACCAUUGCAAGUCCAAACUUGAGCAAAAGUUUGAAAUUUAUGAUAAGGAAGAUGGAACAAGUGAUGUUAGAGAUGAGAAGGUGUAUCAAUGUUCCAACAAGGAUUGUCAAGGAAAAGAAUUUUUCCCGCUGUCCAGGUUUAAAAUACCAAUUCGGGUUCAAGAUUCAACCGGUACGGUGACACUUACAUUGUGUCACACCCCGAUUUCCACGUGUAUCACCGGUGGGCCUGGUGGGGGAUUAUCGUGACGUAGUUGGCAACAAUAUAGUCAAACCACAAUAUAUAAAUGCACAGCGGAAGCAUAAAGAUAAAUAUUAUUCAACCAUUUA